CCAACAAUAUAGGGGCCCUCCUCCAAUGCCCAUCCUCCCUCCCUCCUCCCCCCCUGCAAUCUGUUUUACAAUCACAGCAGCCACUUGCCGCCAUCAGAAGCUAAGCUCAGGCUCAGGCUCAGGUGAAAGAGAAGAUUAACCAGCCAGUCCCACAGCCAUCAGCCGUCUCGAGUCUCAUCAGUCAUCAAAUCUUCCUAAACUUAACCGCGCUAUUAUUAAUCAGCGGCUAAUUCGCGAGGCUUAACCGCCCUCGGGCCCGCGGAGGAGCUAGCACGGAAGAAGGCAUAGGAGGCCACGUCGGGAGGUGCGCGCCGAGGCCAUGGACGCUUUGAGGUUCGUGCGCGGCGCCGCGCCGCCCCAACCUCCGGUAGCGCCGGCCUCGGUGCCGACGACGGCGCAGCGGCGGCAGCAGAGGCCGCGCGCCACGCUGCUGCGCAUGUGGCCGCGCGACGGUGGCGGCGGCGGCGGCGGCGGUGGCGUUGAGAAACCGGCCGCGGCGGGCGGCUCCGUACGCGGCGCGGAGUCGAGGAUUCCUCCCCAGGAGACGGCGGAGGCGGACCAGGGGAGGCAGGGGAACUGGGUGCUGCAGAUGCUGCGGGUGCAGCCGCGGUGGGUGGAGGCGGCGGACGCGGAGGCCACAGGCGGCGGCCAAGAGGUGGAAGCGGAUGCGGCCGCCGCCGGGGGUGGCGUUGAGGAGUGCGUUUCUUGCGGCGGCGGGAGCGAGGAGGAGGGCUGCGCCGUCGGCUAUGAUGAGGGCGACGGCGAGGUGUUCGACCGCGCGUCGUUCUCGAGGCUUCUGAGGAAGGUAUCGCUCAGGGAGGCCAAGGAGUACUCCAUGAUGUCCUACCUCUGCAACAUUGCCUACAUGAUCCCCAGGAUUCAGCCGAAAUGUCUCCGACGGUACAACUUGCGGUUUGUGACUUCGUCAGUGCAAGAGAAGGCCAGAACAAGUCCUGAUGAGAAGCAGGAGAAUGCCGCAGGGAAAGAUAAAUCUCCAGAUCAAGAAUAUGAAGUUGUCGAGAAUGUUGCGCCAGGGAGCAAGGAGAAAAUAAGUGGCAUGGGGAGAAACCCCUUUGGGGCAUACCAAGUGGUGUCGUCCGCUGCCUCUUAUUUGCAUUCCCGGGCCAUGGGCAUUACGCCCUUUGGUUCCUGGAAUGAUGCCAAGAACGUUCCAGCCAUCAUGGCCAUUGUAAACGGCGAGAACGACGAAGCCUCAUUUGUGGCCACAACGAAUUCAGUAACCUCAAUGGUUGCAGCGAAGGAAGAAACUCGACAAGCUGUUGCAGAUGAUCUGAAUUCUUCAAGAUACUGUCCCUGCGAAUGGUUCAUUUGUGAUGACGAUGAAAGCAGCACAAGAUACUUUGUUGUUCAGGGCUCGGAGUCGAUCGCUUCUUGGCAAGCCAACCUCUUAUUUGAACCCGUCAAAUUUGAGGAACUCGAUGUGCUCGUUCACAGGGGGAUAUAUGAAGCUGCCAAGGGGAUGUAUCAUCAGAUGUUACCAUACGUGAAAUCUCACCGGAAAAAGUGUGGUAAAUCUGCAGCGUUGCGGUUCACUGGGCACUCUCUUGGCGGGAGCCUGGCUCUGCUUGUGAACCUGAUGCUGCUGAUGAGAGGAGAGGCGCCUGCUUCAUCGUUGCUGCCCGUUAUAACAUUCGGCGCGCCAUGCAUCAUGUGCGGCGGCGACCACCUGCUUCGUAGGCUUGGGUUGCCGAGAAGCCAUGUGCAGUCGAUCACGAUGCAUCGAGACAUCGUUCCUCGUGUGUUCUCUUGCAGCUACCCUGACCAUGUUGCGAGCAUCCUGAAGCUCGCCAAUGGGAAUUUCCGCAGCCAUCCGUGCCUCACGAACCGGAAGCUCCUGUACGCGCCGAUGGGGGAGGUGCUCAUCCUGCAGCCGGACGAGCGGCUCUCCCCGCACCACCACCUGCUCCCUCCGGACAGCGGCAUCUACCACCUCGGCGGUCCGUCGUCGUCGUCGUCGGGCGUCCCCCUGGCGCAGCUCCGGUCCGCGGUGUCGGCCUUCUUCAACUCCCCGCACCCGCUGGAGAUCCUCAAGGACGGCGGCGCCUACGGCCCCCGGGGCUCCGUGUACCGCGACCACGACGUGAACUCGUACCUGCGGUCCGUGCGCGCCGUGGUGCGCAAGGAGGCCCGGCGCGCGCUGAAGGCGGAGCGCGAGCGGUGGCGGCUGCUCCUGUGGUGGCCGUUCGGCGUGCACGGCGUGUCCGGCGGCGGCGGCGGCGGCAUCGUGGACGCCGUGCUCCAAGGCGGGAUGGAGACGGCGAGGCGGGUGCGCCUGCUGGUGGUGCUCCUGCUGCCGGCGCAGCUGCUCGCCCUCGGCGCGCUCCUGGUCGUUAGAUCGAGGUGAUAGGUUUACGUCGGCCCGAUCCAUUCGUUCGUACACACCAAUACACGAUUCUUUUGUAACACGCGCUACCAUAUGCUAGCGCGGGCUGCGUCGCAUGUGAAAAGGAAAAAAAAUAUAUAUGGAAACUUCGUUC